AUGCUGCCGAUGCGAAUUGCACUCGCACAGAGCAAUCUCGACAAUGGAGAGGAAUGGCUGAUGGACGUUUCACACCCUACGUCUGACAAAUACGGCAAACACUGGACAGCUGAAGAUGUAGCUACUGCAUUUGCGCCAAGCACCUCAACCAUCGAGGCUGUCAAGGAAUGGCUUUCCGCGAACGGCAUUAUGAAGGAACGCAUCGAUCAAUCACAAAGUCUCGGAUGGUUAAACUUUGAUGCUACCGUUGACGAGGCGGAACAUCUGCUCAAGACAAAGUACCACGUUUAUGAACAUGAAGAGACUGGCCAGCGACACGUAGCUUGUGAAGAUUACAGCAUCCCAGCUGCCUUGAAGCACAAGGUCGAUUUCAUCACCCCUACGCUCCACUUUGACCUCAAGGUCAAGCCGAGAGACGCCAAGACGGAGAAGCGCGCAGUCAACAACCACAUCAACCCGGGCAGUCCCAGCAGCGGAAACAUUCCCAAAUUCAUUCCCAUCGCCAAAAGCAACAUCAUCAAAGAGCUCGGCGACUGCGACAAGCAAAUCACACCGAAUUGCUUGCGAGUACUGUACAAGUUCCCUCCUGGACUUACAAGGAACCCGAAGAACAGCUAUGGUAUUGUGGAGUACACUCCUCAAGCCUACGUCCCCUCCGAUUUGGAUCUCUUCUUCCGCAACUUCAGCACCAGACAAGUGGGAGAUCGUCCCAUCUUGGACUCGAUCGAUGGUGGUGUUGUUCAGCAAGACAUGAUGGGAUUCAACUACAACGGCGAGAGCAAUCUGGAUCUCGAAUACGCCAUGACACUCAUCUACCCGCAGAAGACGACGUUGUAUCAGGUUGGGGAUACUGUCGAAGGAGCUAGCUUCAACGACUUUCUUGAUGCCAUUGAUGGCGCGUAUUGUACUACUGAUGGUGGCGAUGAUCCCGAGCAGGACGCCACAUACCCGGACCCACUUCCUGGAGGAUACCAAGGACCUAAGAAUUGUGGAGGAUUUGCUGCUACAAAAGUCAUCUCGACUUCGUAUGGGUACAACGAACACGAUUUGACACCGGCUUAUGAGCGUCGUCAGUGUAACGAAUACAUGAAGCUCGGCAUGAUGGGCAUCUCAAUCCUCUAUUCAUCCGGAGAUUACGGCGUGUCCGGAAACGGCGGCCAAUGUAUCGCGGGCGCAGGCGAAGAUGCUCCCUAUCAAGACCAAUCUCUCGGGGGAAGAUUCAACCCGGCCUUCCCAUCGACCUGUCCCUACGUGACAUCAGUAGGCGCCACACAAGUCAAACCGGGCACCAACAUCCUCAUCACGCCCACGCAACCCGAACAAGCCUGCGAAACAGUCAUCUACUCCGGUGGAGGCUUCUCCAAUGUCUUCCCCAUGCCAUCCUACCAGUCCAAAGCCGUGAAGUCCUACUUUGCAAACCACGCGCCUCCUUACACCGCGGCGCAGUAUAACAAUUCUCAAACCACGCGGGGUUACCCGGAUAUCUCGGCCAAUGGAGCGAAUUACGUCGUGGCGGUGGAUGGGAAAUGGUCGCUGGUCUACGGUACUUCGGCUUCGGCUCCGACUUUGGGCGCGAUUAUUACGUUGAUCAACGAGGCGCGCUUCAACAUUGGGAAAGGGAGCGUGGGAUUCUUGAACCCCGUGGCGUAUGCUCAUCCGGAGGUAUUUAGGGAUGUUACGCAAGGGGGAAACCAGGGUUGCAAUACUCCUGGAUUCCAGGCUGUGAGUGGAUGGGAUCCGGUUACGGGGUUGGGGACGCCGGAUUUUUUGCGCAUGUUGCCGCUUUGGUUGGUUUUGUGA